CAAAUGUGAAUUAUUCAAACUUGAAGAUGGAAACUUCAGUUAUUUUAAAUUUGGAAGAAGUCAAAGCUGACCUGUUGAAAGGAAUUUACCAAUGUUCUGUUCGAGGUUUAAUGCACAGUACUAAAUGGUUAUCAGAAUUGAAUCAUUGUUUGAGCCACAUCAAAGUUAACAGUUACCUUCCUAGAGAACCAAUUGUAGACUUGGAAGAAUAUGAUAGCUAUUUAUUGGCUAAGAGUUAUUUUGACUUGAAGGAAUAUGACAGGUGUGCAUUUUAUAUUGAAAAUUGUAAAUCCAGCUGUGCUAAAUUUUUGAACAUGUAUGCGAAAUAUUUUUCUUUAGAAAGGAAAAAGAUAGACAACCUUAAUGAGCUUUUUGCGGGACCAGAUCCUAAACUAGUGUCAGAACUUCAAAGGCUCUGUACAGAGCUCCGUGCUGAUUACCUUCGUGGGAACUUGGAUGCUUUUUGUCUUUAUUUAUAUGGAGUAGUCUUAAAACGAUUAGAUUUAUUAGAUGAAGCGAGACAAGUCCUCUCAGAAUCUGUUACUUUAGAACCUUUACAUUGGGGUGCCUGGUUGGAAUUGGUGAAUCUUAUAACAGACAGAGCUAAAUUAAGAUCACUCUCUCUUCCUGAUCAUUGGAUGAAGCACUUUUUUCUUGCUCAUGCAUAUCUGGAACAGCAAAUGAAUGAUGAAGCCCUGGAUAUUUACAAUGAACUUCAGAAUGCUGGAUUUAAUGGUAGCAGUUAUCUUUUAGCACAAAAAGCCAUUGUUUUCCAUAACAAAAGAGAGGUAACUGAGGCAAUAGCCACAUUUAGGAAGUUAAGGAAGAUGGAUCCGUACAACCUUGACAAUAUGGAUACUCUUUCUAAUCUAUUGUAUGUUAAAGAGAUGAGAGUGGAGCUGGCAUAUUUAGCUCAAGAAGUGUCAGAAAUUGAUAAAUACAGAAUUGAAACAUGCUGUGUUAUAGGCAAUUAUUACAGUCUUCGUUCUGACCAUCACAAGGCGGUUUUGUACUUUCAACGGGCUCUUAGACUAAAUCCUCAAUAUCUUGCUGCUUGGACAUUAAUGGGACAUGAAUAUAUGGAAAUGAAGAAUACUAACGCUGCUAUUCAGAGUUAUAGACAAGCAAUAGAGGUUAAUAGACGUGAUUACAGAGCUUGGUAUGGUUUGGGACAGACAUAUGAAAUAUUGAAAAUGCCUAGCUAUAGCCUAUACUAUUACAAACAAGCACAAAACUUGAGGCCAAAUGACAGUCGUAUGCUGGUGGCGCUUGGUGAAACGUAUGAAAAGCUAGAAAAGGUUCAAGAGGCUCUUAAGUGUUUUUAUAAAGCAAGGAGUGUCGGAGAUGUUGAAGGUUCAGCCAUUUUAAAACUUGCUAAGUUAUUUGACAAAUUAUCAAAUCCAGACCAAGCUGCCUCUGCCUUUUCAGAAUUUGUUAAUGAGAAUGAUACAAAUUCAGGUAUGGAAAAUAAAUCUGAGCUGAGUCAAGCUUACAAAUAUCUCGCCAAUUUUCAUCUGAAAAAAAAUCAACUAGAGUUGGCUUAUACCUUUGCUCAGAAAUGUUUGAAUUACGAAGAGACUAAAGAAGAAGGAAAAGCUUUAUUGAGAACAAUUGCGCAAAAAAGAGGACUUGAUGAGGAUGAUAAAGAAAUGCAGUUCGAAGAGUCAUCUUCAGCUCCUGCUACUCCUAAGUACUCAAAUAUUAGCCCGAGGAAUUUAAACUUAUGUUACUACAACAUGUCAGUAAAUGAGAAUCAAAGCGAUUGAGAAUGUCUGUUUUCUCAGUAUGUAAAUGUGGGUAUUGUUCUUGUUUGAAAAGGCCCCAUAGCUUGUUGGUAUGUAAAUAUUUUGUACAUAUAAAAAGACAUAAUUUAUUGUAAUAGAAAUAUAUUUUGUAAGUUAUAAUGUUUUAUUGUCUUUAUAUUGUGAUUAUAAAAAUAUAAAACAUG